GUUCUGCCUGGUGUCUUCAAUAAAUUACCUUUGGAUUGGGGUGUCCUCGGGAAGACAGACGCACCCAUAACAGUUGCAAUUGUAUUCCCGAUUCUUAAAUUAUUCCGUCAUGGCCACCUUCACAAGAAUCCCCGAGGGCGAGAGCCCGUCCAUCACCAUCCACCCCUCGCACAAGGUGGCCGAAAUUGACAAGAACAUCUAUGGCGGUUUUACAGAGCACAUGGGGCGAUGCAUCUACGGCGGCAUCUAUGACCCCGGCAACCCCCUGUCCGACGAGAAUGGUUUCCGGAAAGACGUCAUCGAGGCCUUCAAGGAGCUGAACGUGCCCGUGGUCCGGUAUCCGGGCGGGAAUUUCGUUGCGACGUAUCACUGGCUCGACGGCGUUGGCCCUAAGGAGAACCGGCCAAGCAGGCCCGAGCUGGCGUGGAUCGGCACGGAGACCAACCAGUUUGGCACCGACGAGUUCAUGAAGUGGUGCGAGCUUGUCGGGUGCGAGCCAUACCUGUGCCUGAACUUUGGGACGGGCACUCUGGAUGAGGCUCUUGGAUGGCUCGAAUACUGCAACUCGGACCGUAACACAUACUACGCCAACCUGAGGCGAAAGAACGGGCGGGAAAAGCCAUACAAGGUCAAAUACUGGGCCCUCGGCAACGAGUGCUGGGGUCCGUGGCAGGUCGAGCAGCUCACCAAGGAAGACUACGCCAAGAAGGCGUACCAAUGGGCCAAGGCGCUCAAGCUGCUGGACCCCAGCAUCACGCUGAUCCUCUGCGGCGAGACGGGCUACUCGUCGUGGGACCACUACGUGCUCAAGGAGUGCGUCAAGUGGGACGUGCACGGGCUGGGCACCGAGAACAACACCAAGUCGCUUAUCGACAUGCACAGCAUCCACGUCUACACGGCCGACAAGGAGCACCUGGCCAACGCAACGGCCCCGCGCAGCGGCGAGCGCGCCAUCCAGAUGGCCAGCGCGCUGAUCGACCUCGCCCGUAUCGAGAACAAGGUGCCGCCGUCCAUCCCCAAGCAAAAGAUCUGCUUUGACGAGUGGAACGUGUGGGACCCCGUGCGCGCGCCCGGCGAGGAGGGCGCCGAGGAGCAGUACACGCUGUCGGACGCGCUGGCUGUGGCCGUCUGGCUCAACGCCUUCGUCCGCCAGGCCAAGGACAUGGGCAUGGCCAACAUUGCCCAGUCGGUCAACGUCAUCUCGCCCCUCAUGACGAGCCCCGAGGGGCUGGUCAAGCAGACCAUCUGGUGGCCGCUGCUGCUCUUCAGCAAGUACAUGCGCGGGCACGCGAUUGCGCUCAACGUGCGCGCGCCCGAGUAUACCGGGAGGACGAACCCGGCGUGGAUCCGGGCGGCCAUCGAGACGCCGUAUCUGGACUGCAGCGCCGCCCUGGGUGAGGAUGGCUUGGUCAACCUGGCUGUGGCGAACCUGAGCGAGGAGCGGGAUUACGAGGUGGCCUUGGAGGGGUUGAAGGCGGAUCAGGUCGAGGUUUUUGUCGUGACGGGCGAGAACAUCCACGUCACGAACACGGCCGGCGAGCAGAAGGUGGGCAUUGUCGAGAGCAAGUGGGAUGGGAAGGGCAAGUUUACGUUUGCAAAGCAUUCGUUUACCCUGCUGCGGUGGAAGGAGUAGGAGCGAUGCGGAUAAUCUUUGUACAACCCGAAAGCAAAAAAAUAGAAGUCCCUUCCCAAUCUGGC